AUAUAUGUACAUAUAUGUUUAUAAAUGUGCGCCUGAGCUGCAUACUUAGUACAUAUGCGUGAACUAGAUUAUGCUUUUCAUCGCACAUUCAUAUACUUAUGUACUUACAAAUGUUUUGUAUUUACGAAUUAAAGUAAAACGGAUACAAACUAAGAGUAACACAAAAAUCAUGAACCAAGAAUAACUAAAUUAAAGAGUGCGGUAUUGCCUGCAAAACUACCUUAUUUUUCAAUGUGGUUUUUAUAUGUAUAUGCAUACAUUCAAAUACAAAAUUAUUAAGAUUUUAUAUGUAUAUACGUCAUGUAUGUAUGUGUAUUUAUACAGAAUUGAUUACUAUAUACAUACAUGGUUUGAAAAGUCCUUGGUUUUGGACAACAAAUUUAUCUUAGAAUAUUAAUAUUAGCUACCGUCAAAAUUUCAUAAUUUUUCAUCCAAUUAUAGGUUUCAAAAAGACGCUAUCUUAGCAAAGAAAGCAGAUGGUUUCACAUAAUAAACGUUUGUAGGUUUGAUCCCAUGUAAAAGUAAUAUUUGAGAGCAACAAGUUGCACAAUUUUUUCAAGAAAAUUUUUAAGUGUUUCUUGAAAAUUUUAUACAAUAUCUUAUGAAUGUGGUGCUUUAACAAACAAUUCGUUUAAAAAAAAGAGAUUUUCACUGUAUGGUUGCAUAAAAUUCACAAAAACAUAAGUGUUUUUGUAUGAACCAAUUUUAUUUAGUGUGAAAGCUGUCAUCCCACCCAAAGAUUUUGGUAAUUUGUAACAUUAACAAUUCUUUAUACAUAUUUACAUAUUGUGCAAGUGGCUUUUUAUUUCAAGCAAACUACCGAGUUUGGACAACAAAAGUAUUUGUGUGUGAACCAUCAUUAAGGCACAUAUACUCAGAAUCUCAACCUAUUAUAUUGCAAAUAAAGAAGAAUUCGGAAUACAUUUGGCAAUUAUUGGAAUCAAGUAUCUUUAGAAUACAUACGCAUGUAUUUUACAUGUUAAAUUAUUACUUCCCGAUAGCUACGAAUGCUCUUCGAUGAUGUUACUGCCUUCGGGGCGAUCAAACAGUGAUAGAACCACAUCUCCUCAAUUGGUAGUCAAAAGCACAAAUAAAUUGGAAAAUGUACAAACAACGGCUUCAAUAAUAUCAAAAAAUAAUGGACCUGUGUCCACAGUGGGCACUAAUUCUCUAUCACCUGGUAAUCAGAGUGAAAACGGAAUCUGUUGUAGCGCUCAUUCCAUACUUACCUCAAAAUUUCCAGCUUUGAUUGGUACUACGACAGAAGACUAUGCUGUACUGAGUAAUACAGAAAGUUGGAAAGAAAUUGGUCAACAGUUACAAGCACUACAAGAAACUCUGAAGGAUGAGUGGACUGUUCAUAUGGGUAAAGACGGCCGGCUAUAUUAUUGCAACCAUGUUGCUAAAAUAUCCAGUUGGUUGCCAUCUAGCGAAGACUGGUGUAAAUAUGAAGAAUUGCCUUAUGGUUGGGAAAGGGCAAUAGAUUCAAAGGCAAGAUCAUAUUACAUAAAUCACAUAAAUAAAACAACAACAUAUGAGGCACCUGAAAAUAUACAAUGUGAUGGCAAUUCACCCGAACCAAGAAUGGUUACUCUUCAGCGCAGCCCCACCCUAGGCUUCGGUUUCGUUGCUGGCAGUGAAAGACCAGUUAUAGUACGUUUCGUUACAGAUGGUGGACCCAGUAUGAAUAAACUUCAACCUGGUGACCAGAUUCUCGCUGUAAACGGAGAAGAUGUAAAAGAGGCUCCUCGUGAUCAUGUUAUUCAAUUGGUACGAGCUUGUGAAAACGAAGUAACAAUAAUGGUGUGUCAACCAACGCAUAUCUUUGCACCCGGUCGUAAAUCUACACUCCUCUCAGCGGGUAAACGAGCGAAAUUACGGACGCGACCUAGUCGGGUUCGCUUUGCUGAAAGUGUUUGCGUAAAUGGAUCACCGUUAUUUCCGGCAUCGGCAUUUUCAUUGGGAGACAUUUGUGUGCCGCCGAUGGCAAAUGUGCUCAAAGUAUUCCUUGAAAAUGGGCAAACAAAGUCGUUCAAAUACGAUUCCUCCACCAGUGUGCAGGAUGUGGUGCGUUCACUUCUAGACAAGUUGUGUCUUUCUACAGGGGAAAUUUUUAGCCUCGUAUUGGAGCAUGUGAAAAGUUUAAAACGGAAUAAGCUCACAUUACUAGAUCCUGAGGAAUCUUUGGCGAGAAUCGCUGCGCGGCCUGGUGCUCAUAAACUGCGCUGUUUAUUUCGUGUGACUUUCGUACCGAAAUCCGCUGGCGAUUUGGCUCAGAAAGAUUUGAAUGCUUUAGAUUAUUUAUAUUUGCAAUGCUGUAAUGAUGUGACACAAGAACGUUUUGCACCCGAACUCCAGCCAGAGGUAGCUUUAAGACUAGCAGCAUUACAUAUGCAUCAACAUGCAUUGGCCAAUAACAUUUCACCAACAAAAUUAACAGUUAAAGCUGUUGAGAGAGAAUUUGGCUUAGAAAGAUUUGUACCGAUAUCUUUAUUUGAGGGAAUGAAACGAAAGGAACUUAGACGAUUGAUAUCACACUUUCUAAAAUUAAAUGCAGAAAUGACUGGUUCAUCUGCUAAAGUUUUGACACAGUUACAGGCAAAAUUACACUAUUUGGAUAUCAUCUCAACUUUACCCAGUUAUGGCGCUAAAUGUUUCAGUACAAACCAAAGGGAAGGUGUUGAACGCGUUUUACUUAUUAGCCCACGCUAUGGCUUGAGUCAAAUACCAAGUGUAAGAAAUUCGGUGCCUCAGCCUAUAUCAGCUAUUGAAGACUUUAGUCAUGUCGCCGUCAAACGGGAAGAUGACGUGUCUUGCAGUGUAACUAUUUAUAUGCAAGGAGGCAAAUCAGUAAAAUUUUCUAUGGAGGAUCGUGAUGCAUGUGAAUUCUCACUAGUUUUAUCCGGUUAUCAUUCCUUAUUAACAGGAAAAAUACUUCCUGUGGAACGAGAACGAGAUCAACACCAUGAUGACAAUGCACCAUCUUAUUUAACCCAACACACCGUCAUACCAGCUGCUUGGAGUUAUUUAUUGCCUUUUCACGAUCGAACUCACGGCAUAACAUUCCUAUUAUUGCCUCCCUAUCAUCCACAGAAAGACAAAACUAUAUCAAUUGAAAGCAAAAAUGAAAAGAAUUAUAUUUUAAGUGGAUCCGAAAAGAAUUGUAUGGAUUUGAAUUCUUCAAAUAAGGCACAUAGUAACCACAACCCUAAGAUUAUACCACUUGUUAACAACGGUUCUACAGGUCUAGAUAUUCACAGUGUUAUGGCCACGGAAUUAUUGGAGGAAGCAAAGGAUUCCGGUAUAAGCGACAGUAGCGGUGGUGAUCGAUUAAUUACUAUGGAAACAAAUGCUUUUAUAGAGGCUAAAAAUGUUGAAGUACUACGACGUGUUCACGAAAUGCAAAAAAUGGUAGAAAACUCCGAACAGUAUUUAAAUGAGCAGGGUGAGAUGGUUCCUGAGUCUGAUGAGCUUUCGUAUGAUACUAAUAUCCAAUUUAAUAGUACUUUAAAUAUAUGGCCGAUUGAAUCCAUAAAUAAGGAACAAAAUCUAAAUAAAACAGGCAAUUCGAUGGAGUUCGAUAGUGACUGCGAUAGUAUGAAUAGCAGCAAAAUAUCCUCAACGGAGGAUACCCCUCAACCAGGAGCUCUUAAGCAUAGUGAUUCCUUAGUUCUUUUGGCAGAAUCUAUAAAUCAAGAUUUAAAUGGUAUAACACAGAGUUUGAAUUCAAUCGGAAGGAAACCGUCAGAACUGUCGAUUGCCAUUUCAAAUAUUAGUACGACGUGUAGUCCGCGGCCAGAUAGGAAAUUUAACAACAUCGGACAAAUACUGACCAAUCUUCAAACGAGUGCAGAUUUUUCUCAAAGUGAAAGCGAUUCUGAAUCAGUUAAUUCUCCAACGAGCUCCCCUGUAGCUCGCCGACCACUACUCCUAUGUUCUAAUGACAGAAGAAAUAGCCAUAAACAGAAUUUGGCUUAUCGAAGCAGCUUUGGUCUGCAUAGUCCCGAUGGCAAUAAUUUUGCUUCAGAUAAUAAGGACUAUAAUUUAAAAGAAUACUUGAAACAACUAAAAGAAAUAAGCAAUGUUCAUGAUGGAAGUCAGGAUACCGAUGUAGCUGCAAAAAAACUUUCUGAAAUUUAUGGUUUUGAAAUUCAUGGUGACACAUUUAUUGCAACUGAUACUGAUUUAAUUGAUUUGCGCUCUAUACCACCUCCACGCACUCCUGACGAAUUAGAUGCAAUAUCCUUAUUGAAUGCUGCUCCACAAGGUUUCGGUGAUGGGUCGAAGAAUAUUUUAAAUACUAACGCUGAAAGUGAUCUGGAUACAUUCCUAGCAAACAUAAUUGUGGCACCGCCAACACAAAGAACAACUCCAGCAAAAGAACUUACGCCAGAAGAAAUAAUGUCAUUUAUAAUUCCUCCACCACCUGAUCCAGAAGAUAAUAAAAAUAAAUUGAAGGAACAAACAGAAAAUCUAUACAGCAAUUCGAUUUCUGAAAAUUUGCUUCCAAACCGAAAUCAAUUAAACAAGUUAAGUAGAUGUGAAGGGGAGCAUGUGAUCGAGUACUCCACAGUCGAACGCAAGGGAAAGUUCUCUUGCUGUCCAAAAUCUUUAAAAGGUAAUGCUGAAAAUAUUUCAGAAUCAAACAAAAUUGGUCUUGAGGUGCCACCACGUUUACAAUCCAUAGACAAACCAACACCUCCAGAGCGACCUCCUAAAAGUCUAGAGUUGAUUCAACGUUAUUCUCCAAAGAGGCCACCAAGCACAGCUGCUGGCUUUCAAAACUACAAUGAAAAGGCUAAAAAACAAGAACAAAAAGCCCACGAAGAGCGACCACCAUUGUUACCACCAAGAAUUAAAAAUUUCAACCGUUGUGAAGAAAAUUCUUCCACUCCAUCGGUGAGUGAAGCCCCACAAAAACCACCUUUGCCGCCAAUAACCAACCGUUCCACUCAACGAAAUAUAUCAGUAAAUGUGAACGAUUUAAGCAGUGAAAAUUUUUCACAUGUUCCACCAUUGGUGCCUUCAUGCGUUUUCCCGGUAUCUCAUCCUAACCCCAUCUCUAAUUACUCCUGCAACAUACAACAUGAAAAACACCCUAUUACUGCUACAUCGAAUGAGAAUCAUCUAUUGAAAAAUUAUUACCCCCAGACUUAUAUUAAGAACUCAACAAACGAUAAAUUUCUUCCUAUCUCUUCAUUCAGUUCUCCCCAAAUGUCACAAAAAAUUGAAAGUCCUGGUUCAGUGUCCAUACCUCUAAAAUCAGUUAUAUCACAAAAAUUUGGGGAAAAGUAUAUUAUAAAGAAUGGGCAUGUUAUUGACAGCGAAGCACUGUUGACCAAAACCGACAUAGCAAUGGCAGGACUCUUGGUGAAACUUGAUCAGGUAGCCGCCAAGUGUUCAGCAGCGCAACUCGCAGGCGGGGGUUCUAAUAUUGACGAGGAUAAAUUUCAGCGUGCUCGGAAUGAACUGACUGAACAAACAUUGAUGCUAGUGACUGCGUCUAAAUUUUUAGUAGUAGCAAUGUCGGAUAUGACUUUAUCGACUCUGCCAGAGCAUCUCACUUCCUGUCUCACAGCGAUUCGGCGUAUUACUGAACUCACACAAGAUAUGACUCUCCAUACAUCGUCACCAUUACAAACUCGUAACAUUGUGCUUAAAGUUCAUGAUGUGGGAUCCAGUUUCAGGGAAUUAGUAGGAGUGCAAAUUGGCCCAUUGGGUGCUGGACAACUUGCGCUACAAGCUGAAUGUUUAGCCAAUGUGUUAGCAACUUUACUUCGAAGUUUACGGGUAUUCUCGCCAUGAACAUAUGCAUACAUAUCUCGAGAAUGUGUUUGUUGUGUAAAUAUGCUACUUUCUUGUGAAAUAAUUUAUGCAUAUAUGAAAUAUUUAGACUCAAUGUAACCAAAUAUUAUAAAAUAUGUAAUAUUAAGCAUGUCAAAGAUAUACACUUAAUCGCAGUUCAUGAUAAUAUACAUAUUGGUAAAUACAAUUAAUUUACUAAGAGAGUCAAAUUCCUUUUCACAAGCAAUGUCUUUCAGAAAUAAGUAAUACAUUGUGAUCUAAUGAAAUAAUAUUCAUAUACAUACAUACAUAUAUAAUAAUACAUACGGUAUAUGCAUGUAUCAAUUUACAAAAGUUGCAAGUAUUAAAAAAUUCGUAUAACUUAUACAUAUCUAUAAUAUUUAUAUAACCGGAUUUACUAAAUUCAAACGAUAUCUGCAUGCAUGUCAACUACAUUUAAAUGUAUUAAAUUAGGUAUGUAUAUACAUAUGCAUAUACCAUUAUACUUUAAUUUUUUUUUUAAUAUUCAUGAUUUUAAAUUACAUUAUGCGUCUACAGUACGUCAUAAUUUUUGGAAUUACAUAAAUGAUAUUCUCGUAUCGUCUGAUAAGGAUUAAAGCAGUUACGCUCAAAAUUUUAAGCAAACGACUUCUAUUAAGGAAGGGGUGUACGUUCACUCUCUACCAACGUUUCCCGAUAAAUGCAUGUUAUUUUAAAUAAUAACUUUACAUAUUAAUAUCAUUAAAUCCCUUUAUUAAUGGAAAAUGAAUACUGGCUUAGGCUUUUGAGAUAUUUUCAUACGUAGUUCCAUGGUUUUCGAGUACUAAAUUGUUUUAAAUUAAUUGAAAUAAAAUUGUUGCGAGAAUCUUUGAAUUUUAGAGAUGUCUUCCAUAAAGUUAAUAUGAACUAAUACAAAAUCUAAAAGUUGAUUUGUAUGUGACUUCCAAAUAUUAUUGCUACCAAUAUUCGUCAUCAGUAUACUUGUAAAUCUAUGGUACAUAUGUAUGUAUGUACUAUUACAUAUCAAUACAGUGAAAUACCGCAUAACCGUUUACCCACCGUCGCACUGUUUUUGUUCGGCUAAGAGAGCAGUCCGUAUAUGGGAGCAUAAGCGAGUAUUUAAAAUAUGUUCUUAGAGUCAGAACGUGUAACUCAAAUCUAUGUAUUUCUAUUGAACUAAUCAAUGAGAGACAAUGUCAGCCAGGAGUCAAUGUAUGACAGUUACCCCAUUAGACGGCGCCAGCAUAAGAUAAUUUGUUCGCUGUGAUCGUUUUACGUAUUGUUCUUAAAAAAAACUAUCAAAACACCAAACAUUGAUUAGAAUUUAAAAGAGCGGGAACUAAAAAUUGUACACAAUUUUCUUGGAAAGUUCUCAUGUCCGGUUGUAGGAAUUGGUUGUGUUUGCAAAUAUUAAUGAGAAAAGAAUUUCACUGUAUACCAUUUUGAAUUUUGCGAAUAUACAUUUUUAUUCUCCAAAGCUUAAAAAAUGUGUUUUCUCAAUUCUUAUCAUACCAAAGAAUUUUAUGAAAGAUUUUUACUGCUUCGGUCAAUCAGUAGUACAAACUUUAAUGGGUUUAUAACUUAAGCGCACAUUCCACCAAAAUUAAAAGGCAAAUACUUCAGAAUUCAUAUGUGGGUGUAUUCGUUUGUAUUGUAAAUAUAUACAUACGUAUCUACAUCCUUGUGCUUUAUUUGUAAUUCUACAUUAAUGUGUAUAAAAACAUUAUACCAUAAGCAAUUAUAUGGAUAUUUCAAUCGCAUAAGGUUUAAUACAGCAGAUUCUAGCUAAAAUAUUCAUGACCAAACAAUAAUCAAAAAAAAAAAAAUAACUUGUGAUAUCUAAUUUUUGUGAAUUUAUUAGAAUUUGUGAUCUAAAUUCAUAAUAAUUAAGAGUUUAAACGGUUGAGCGUACGUUGGAUUUAUCCUUAAGUAAGACCAUAUUAUGUACAUGCAUACCUACAAACGUAUUUACCUAUAAGUAUAUGUAUGUGACAUACUAAUAAAUUAUAUAUGUAAACGAAAACAUAUAAAAUAAGAUAGCUUUUUUUAAUAUAAGUUUGUUGAUUCGUUUUAGAUAAUACCUAAAAAGAUUAGUUUUUAAUGAGAAAUUAUAGCUGCAGAAUUAAACUAUUAAAAAUAUUACCCAUACAUAUGGAUUGUUAAUUAAACUAUUAUUGUACUCCCUAUUAUGAUUAAACUAUUUCGUGCGAGCUUAUUAACGAUAUUGUGGGAAUGAGUUGGCGUUAAACGCAAUUCAAAUAAAUAAUUUUACACACCAACAUAUAAUAUGGUGUUGUAUUUACUAUAUAUAAUAAUAAACUAAACAACUGUAUUUAAAAUGCAUACAUAUUUAUUGUCAUAUGAAUGUACAGAUAUAAAGCAGGAGAUCUAAAACACAUAAACUCAUAAGAUAUUGCAGAACGUAUGUACAUCAAUUCACAUGUGGUAAGAAGACUUUAAAAACAAUAAAAAUUUAUACACGUUACAA